AUGUCACCCGUCAACGCCUCCUUCGAAGACGCGAUCCGCGUCACGCCAGAAGGCGCGAACAAAUACAGCGCCAACCUGCGCACGGAGUGGUGCAUCGGAGCCGUUCCCCAUGGCGGCUACACCACCUCCGUUCUAUACCGACUAGCGCUCGUCCACUUCGCCCACGCGCACCCAGGCCAAUAUGACACACCCGCCUCACCAAUUUCCCUCCAAUUAUCCUUCCUCCGCCGCACGGCCGCCGGGCCCGCAGUCAUGGAAGUCGAAGACGUCAAAAUCGGCGCCCGAACAAGCACAAUCCACGUGAAAUUACUCCAACCCUCGGAAAAGAAGCCAGACCUCCUAGAAAUCAAAGUAGCCGGCUAUAUCACCGUCAGCCCGCCCAGUGCCGAGGUCGGCAUCAGCGCCCACACAGGCUGGACACCCCAGCCCGCUGCGCCAUCCGGUUCCGGACCCGGUGGUAAGAUCGACUUUGCAGCUUUGGCAAAUGGGAAAGAUGGCGAGUGGAUUAAGCUUGAACCGCCUUAUCCUGAAUUUCGUCGGGCGGCGGCGCAAUUGGAGCUUUAUGGACCUGGGAAGGGUAAGACGCAGCAGGCGAGAUCGGGGAGUAUGGCUAUCGAUCAGUGGGCGAGAUUUCAGCCUGGUGGGGAUGUUAAGGGGAGGUGGACGGAUGCGGCUAUUCCUUAUUUGAUUGAUAUGUUUCCCAUGGCGUUGGAUGGGUUUGAUACUGUUUCUGCGGAGGCGGAGGCUAAGGCGAAGGGGGAGAAGGUUUCUGAGGGGAAGGCGAAGUUUUGGUAUCCGACUGUUACACUGAAUGUUGAUAUGAAGAAGCAUUUGCCGGCUGAGGGGGUGGAGUGGCUUUAUUCUAGGAUUGUGACCAAGGUUGUUAGGGAUGGGAGGACGGACUUGGAUGUUACGGUGCUUGAUCAGAAUGGGGAGGUUAUUGCGCUGAGUACGCAGGUUGGUCUUGUUGUUAGUGCUAGUCGGAAUAUUGGGACGAGGAAGUUGGAGAAGUUGUAA